GAAUUUAAGAUGGAAAUUGUAUGUGUUCUGGCGAAAUGUAAAGCGCAUUUUGGCCCACACAAACACACAUAUGUCGAAGUAUGUGUGUUCGUAGUGCACAAUAAUGUCGAGACCACUCAUCGGCUUGGAGAAAGAUUAACCCACGGAUGAACGGGCUUGAUGAGCAGGGUGGGCUGAAAAUGUAUGUGGGACGAUGAGAUGCUGCCUCCGGAAAGGACGUGCAGAUCUGGCAAACAGAAAUUCAUUCACUUUCUCCGACUUUCUCCGUCUUUGUCUCAGUUUCCCUUCAACACUGGUUGAGAGAAGAUGCAGGAAAAGUGUUCCCGUCAAUAAACGCAUUCAUCCAUUCUUAUUUCAAAAUACUAUCAGUCAAGAAAGUUGAAAGUUUGAAAGUUAAUUUCUAAAUUGAAACUAAAAUCUUGUAAAGUUAAAGUAAAGUUAUAAAAGGAUAUACCGCUUCAAUUAAAAUAAGUCUUUUAAAAAGAUUAUUACCAAAGAAGAAUAAGCACUAGGGGAAAGCAUUGGUACAAAAAAAAGACAUUGACGUUGGUCAAAAUCUUUAAUCGAAAUCUGGUUUGCUUUUCCAUAUAAAAUCGUAGCCGUUACAUGUACAGUUUAAAGUCAAAAGUGUAUACUCGUUGAAAAUUUUUGUUACCAACAUAUUUCGUGACUUAUGUUCUUUUUUUAAAUUUUGGCCACAUUAAGAACAGGAUUGUUUGUACAGACAUGUUCCAGUUCGCGUAAUCUAAGACACGAGGGAAUUCUAGACAGUUUGGAAAAUCGAAUAAAUUUUAAGGAUGUACAAACACUAUGUUUGCGGAUUGUUAAUGCUUUGAAGAUUGACAAAAAAUGGUUGAUUCUGCAACCCUUCCAUUGAAAUCUGAUGAUGUGCCUCAACCUCCCGUUUUUCGACAUCUCCACACAGAUUAUAUUUCCGAGAGGUUUCAGCAAAGUGGGCACAUUUCACAGGAUAAUUGGUUUAGUGACUAUAUGAGAACCACACUGCACCACAAUUUCAACGACAGUGAGGAUUAUUUGAACUUUCUCGAGGCAUUCUUGACUCUGAAGAAUGCCACGAAUUCUGAAGGGAUCGGGAUUGAAUACCCGGAUUUUACGCAGAUUCACGCUGUGCGGGCAACUUUCAUCAUUUCGUUCGCCGCCGUUUGCCUUAUCGCCAUCAUAGGAAACCUGUUCGUCUGUCUCACUGUCUACAAGAACAAGGCGAUGCACACUCCAGUCAACUACUACAUUGUCAAUUUGAGCGUGUGCGAUUUUCUGGUGGGUGCGGUCGUCCUGCCGGUGAAGCUGAAACUCCAUGCCGACGGAAGUGAAACGAAUUUGUUACGAAUGGACAGUGGAAAGUUGACGAAAGAAAAAAUAAUAAUCUCAAUUAACAAUUCUCAUGCCUUAAUUGCUAUUUGUCACAUUCAGUUUGGCGACCCACUUGUCUCACUCAUUUCUGCCAGUCCAAACUGCUACUGGCACAUCGCCAUUGGCAUUGUUUUGAAACUGGCACCCACCUGGCUAAAUUGA